AGUCUGUGGCACCUCAGCGGCGGUGUCGGCGGCCGCGGAGGAGAAGGAUUUAUUAUCCCGGCGGUCAGAACAUCCCCCCCCACCCCCCCCUCCCCAACUCACCCCUCACACCCCCCUCACAGACCUAUCGAUCACUGACUGACAUGUUCGUGCGCUCGAUCUCCGGCACAGGAUGAAGAAGCAAUUCAAUCGGAUGCGACAGCUCGCCAACCAGACGGUGGGGAGAGCUGAAAAGACUGAAGUAUUAAGUGAAGAUCUGCUACAGGUAGAGAAACGUCUGGAGCUGGUAAAGCAGGUAUCUCAUAGCACUCACAAAAAGUUAACGGGAUGUCUCCAGGGCCAGCAAGGUGUGGACUCCGACAAGCGCUCAAAAAAGCUUCCACUAACCACGUUAGCGCAAUGUUUAGUGGAUGGCUCUGUUACGCUGGGGGAAGACACCCUGCUUGGGAAAAUGCUACACAUGUGCGGGAACACGGAGGAUAGGCUUGCCCAGGAACUCAUCCUCUUCGAGCUGCAGAUAGAAAGAGAUGUGAUUGAGCCUCUGUUUUUAUUAGCAGAGGUGGACAUUCCUAAUAUCCAAAAACAGAGAAAACACUUAGCAAAGCUGGUUUUGGACAUGGAUUCUGCCAGAACACGGUGGCAACAGUCUUCAAAGUCGUCUGGGUUGUCAAGCAACCUGCAGUCGUCCGGUGCCAAAGCUGACGCACUCAGGGAAGAGAUGGAGGAAGCCGCGAACAGAGUUGAGAUCUGCAGGGAUCAGCUGGCAGCGGAUAUGUACAGUUUUGUGGCCAAAGAAAUAGACUAUGCAAAUUAUUUUCAGACAUUAAUAGAAGUACAAGCGGAAUACCACAGAAAGUCCCUGUUACUGUUACAGAGCAUACUGCCACAAAUCAAAGCCCAGCAAGAGGCCUGGAUAGAGAAGCCCUCGUUUGGUAAAUCACUGGAGGAGCAUCUGACAGUGAGCGGACGGGACAUUGCUUUCCCGGUGGAGGCCUGUGUGACAAUGCUACUAGAGUGCGGGAUGCAGGAAGAGGGCCUGUUCAGGGUGGCAGCCUCAGCUUCCAAGCUGAAGAAGCUGAAGGCCUCUCUUGACUGUGGCGUGCUGGAUGUGCAAGAGUAUUCAGUAGACCCGCAUGCUGUAGCAGGAGCUCUUAAGUCGUAUCUCCGAGAGCUGCCAGAGCCUUUGAUGACUUUUGAAUUGUAUGAGGAGUGGAUACAAGCAUCAAACAUCCAGGACCCUGACAAGAGGUUACAGGCUCUAUGGAACGCAUGUGAGAAGCUGCCCAUGGCAAAUUACAACAAUUUCAGAUACCUGAUAAAAUUUUUAGCCAAGCUCACGGAAUAUCAAGAUGCAAACAAGAUGACGCCGGGCAACAUGGCAAUAGUGCUGGGACCCAACCUCCUCUGGAGUGCAACUGAGGGGUCUAUGACUGAAAUGAUGACAACGGUCUCCAUACAGAUUGUGGGAAUCAUUGAACCCAUAAUUCAGAAUGCCGAUUGGUUCUUCCCAGGAGAUAUUGAAUUUAACGUGACUGGAUGUUAUGGGAGCCCAGUGCACACCAACCACAACGCCAACUACAACUCCAUGCCUUCCCCGGACAUGGAUCACUCUGAAAGGAAGCAGCACGACCAGGCCCGAAGGCCCCUCAGUGUCGCCACGGACAACAUGAUGCUGGAGUUUUACAAGAAGGAUGGCCUUAGGAAAAUCCAAAGCAUGGGUGUAAGGGUAAUGGACACCUCCUGGGUGGCCCGCAGAGGUUCCUCCUUAGCCCGAAAAACCUCCUCCACCCCGCCAGCCACACAGCCCCCUCCUCCACCCGUCGAGCUACCCGCAUCGUAUCAGUCGCCAAUUCCUGAGCAGUGUGUAGACAGUUCCGCUUCUCCCUCCCCCACUCCUCCCCCCAGCGGCCCUCAGCUAGGGACUGAACAAGCAAGCACAGAUGAGUUGUCCUCCAAUUGGUCGGAUUCCUGUUACUCUUAUCCAUCCCCCGAGGAUGACAGGCCUCCCCCCUACCCUUGCUACCACCAUCUCCACCAUAAGGCUCAGCCAUCGGCUCGAUCUGAGGUUCCCCAAGCCUCCCCACCACAGAGGUGGUCAGGGCACAGCCCAACCUUGCUCACUCAGCCUCCUUCCCCGCAGCAGCUUGACAUCAACUCUAACCCUAAACCGUGUUUCCUGAACAUCCCUAAGCCAAGCUCCCUCACUGACACGCAUGCAGCCGAAACUAAUGUCUCACCUGUCUACAUCAAAACCCCUCUUGUUCUAACCAAACACGAUCCCCAUGCCACCCCCUUUAACCCUGCUAUACCAGCCUCUCCCCCAUGGGUCGCCUGUACCAGAGACAAAGGAACCAGGCUGCCUAGUGCUAUGAAGGGCAAGGAACUCUCUCCUGUCAUCGGGCAGAAAGGGCGGCCUGUUUCCGAUCAUGUAACGUCCUCGAGCAGCAUCCAGCAAAGUAUUGGCGCGAGUCAAGCCUCAGCGGAGCAGAGCCCACUGUCGCUACGGAAAGCUGGAAAGAAACUGGCCCCUGUAGCACCCAAAGUCCCAUUUGACCCGGCAACAGGACAACCCUCUCCUGCCAGCCUUUCUCCCACCCCUCCCAGCACUCCAUCACCAUAUGCUGCAAACUGUCCUCAAGGCUAUGUGUUGCCCUCGGGCCAGACUCCUCCAGCACCAUCUUUGUCUUCUCCUCCAUCCCAAGCAAGCACUUUAACUAAAUCUCGGCCUGCGCCUAAGCCCAGACAGAGGCCCACCCUUCCUCCUCCUCAGCCUCCCACUGCAGGCCUCUCCGGGUCUAGUCCCCAACCUUUGGACCACACAUUGCUAGAUAACAUGUCAGCUGGGGAGAGCAUGUCUACAGAUACCAGUGAUCCGGACGCCUCUUUUGGAAAGUCAGUCGAGCUUGAUGCUGCACUCCACACUGACCCUUCAGACCACACUUGCACAAACUCUGUAGCAGACUCUGAUGAAAUAAGAGCAGAUUCCGACGAGGAGUCCGAAAGUACUGUCCUAUGAUAGGAACACAACAUCUGUGUGACUUGAGCUGUACAUAUUGUACAUCUACAGAAAAGUAGAUGAAUGGGGCAUCUCUUCACGUACUGUUACAAGGAAAAGCUGCUUCCAUUGACUGUUGGAGUACAAUAGGAGGAAACGCUAAUUUGGCUUGGGUUUAGUUGAUCAGGCCCACACAAGUGUUGUCUGAUCAAGUUUUUGAUUUCACGUUAAAACUUUUUUUUUAAGCCUUACCUGAAGGAUUAAGAAACAGACUUGCCCUUUGCACCUCUUGUCACUGAAUUGAUGCCUGUAUUUUUCAUGAUAUAGAAUGCCCUGAGACGACUGCGUAUCACGCAACCGCUGCUAUUUCCCGCAUGGAAUCAAGCGUUACAAUACUCUUCCUCUAGCUUAUGUGUCAGGAUUUUUUUUUCUUUUGGGGAACUGUUGUAGUUUGGGCUUCGGUGUGUAACGAGUAAAUAUGGCAAAGGUCUUGUGAUUCUUCGAAAAACGAAAGUGAAAUUUCGCAUCUGCGAGGUUGGGAUCUUUAGUUUAAGUUUCUUCCAUUCAUAAAUCGUCAGAAGUUUGUGUUUGCGGUGGAAUGAGCCAUUUCCAUUAACAGGCAGGAAGAAAUCUAAGGGUGGAGGGCGGGUCUGAGUAUCUGAAAGCGUGUUAAAAUAGGAGUACAAUGGGGGGAGGGGUGGGGAAGUAAUUGAAAAAAUGAAAACAUUUAUUUUCUUGACUAAAGGAAACCUAUGUGCGAGUUGGAAAGGUACACUCAGGAUAUGUUAUAAGCACUGUUUGUGAGCCCAAACUGUCCCACUUCAUAUUUACGACAAUAGGCAGUCAAAGUGUCUCCAGUACAGUAUCACAAACAGAAUCCGUUUCUAGAAGUGACUAUUCACACAAAAAUCAAAUCUUACUUUUCUGAUGAUGUAACAAAUUAUAAUGGAAAAUGUAAUAACUUUGUUUGGUUGACUCACAUCCCAGUAUUUGUCUGUUUAUACAGUCCAACGGAGGAUGAGGUUAAAUACAGUAAUCAAGAUACAUUUGUAUAUGUGCACAAAUUCUGGUAAUUGCCAAUAUUCCUGGAAAUGUUUAAACAAGAAUGGUGGGAAAGUUGUCAGUAUUAAUGUGUCCGGAGCAAUUUGUAUGUGGAUAGUGACUAUUAAAAUGGAUUGUUGUGGCUGUAAAACUUUGAACGUUAUCAUGCCAGAGAAUACCUUUUAUGAAUAGAUUUUAAUUGAUGUCUAUGUAAAUGUUGUAUUAAAAUUAUACUGUGUAUUUAAGGAAUGGAGGCUAGACUGGUUACAUGCUAAUGGCUCCAUAGUGUACAGAACCUAAUACAUUUCUCAGUACAGUGACUUAUUUUAAAAGAUCAUAAAGAGUGUAGAACUAUCAAAGAACAUAAUAUAUCUGUUAUAUAAACAUUUGUUCGAUGCAUUGAAAAUAUAUAAUUAUAUGCUUCAAAACAAGCGGUCCUUGAAAUGAAAGGGUUUUAGUGGCUAUCUUUGAAAAAGAAAAUAGUGCGGAUUCCCUCAUCUGUGUUUUCUUGUCUAAAACCUGGAGAGAAAACUGAACUAGAAAUAAAAAUAGUGAAAUAUCAUAAAA